UGAAACAGUAAGAACUUACAGAAAUUAGGAACAACCGACACCUUAGGUGGCAUUUUCACCUGUAGGCACAUCUAAGAACAUAAAGAUGAACAAAGUUCUGUGGAGCUGUGCAGCACUAUUGGCUCUGUUUGUUGCAGUUGAGUCCCUCAGCUGUUACACCUGCAGUCUGGGGAUUCUCGGCUCCUGCCUCAGAGAAGCACCUGUAAAUUGCACUACAUCUCAGAACAGAUGCUUCGCAGCAGUUGCCAAGUUUAGUGCCGACCUUUUGGACAUCCAUGAACGAGGCUGUAUAGAAGACACCGCCUGCAAAAAUGAUACUGGGUUAAUCCUGAAUGUUAGGUACAACAUCACCAGGACCUGCUGCAGCACCAACCUGUGCAACGGAGCCGCCUCCACUCAGCUGCCUCUGACUGCAGCUCUGUUUGCUGCUCUGGUGGCAGUAUGGAGUCAGUGGGCCCUUUAAGGAGAGGAGACGAGACAAUAAUGGUUCCUUAACAUUUCCAUUUCAAAUUUACUUUAAUUUUUUGUGCUUUGAAUAACAUUUUCAGUACAUUACUGUCCCUGUGAUAUAUAAUGGAGGGACAGCAGCAUAACAUGAUCUACAUUUACUGUGUCAGCAGUUUGUAGCUGUAUAUACAUUACCAGGACUGAA